CUUGACCACCACAACGGCGCACAAGCGCAUAGCCGCAAGCAGCAGGCACCAGAGCGGCUUCGCAGCCUGAGAUCGCCGAGAGCCCUGUCGCAUUGCUGCUCGCCUCAGCCGGUCGCAGCCGUGCAUCAGCCGUCUUGCCGGCCGGUCGGGCGCGCGCCGGGAGCCUCGAGCUUCACGCGCGCCUGACGCAGAGCGAGGCCGAUGGCGUCUCAGUGCAAGCCCUCGAAGCCGUCAAAGGCCACCAGCGCUGCUGCCGCCCCAUCGUCGAAGCCGCGGCCGAAUCUCAAGCAGACGCUCGACGGCCUUGCGCAGCUCUACGCGCAGCCUGACGCACCCGAGGAGCUCGCUGCCUCGUGGCCGGCCAUUGCGCCGCUCGCACACGCUCUCGCCGGCACAGGCCGCUCGCCGGUCCCGAUCCCGCUCGGCAUCGUGGUCCGCACGCUCAAAGCGCAGUGGCACCGCGACGGCACUUGGCCGCUCGUCGCAGCCGACGAGCAGCUGGCGUCCGGCGACCCGCGAGCCGCACUGCCGCGCUCGCAGCACUCCAAGAGCGUGCUCUUACGGCCAGCUACGAGCGCCACGCCGCUGCCGCUGCCGCUUACGCUGACGCUGGAGCUGGAGCACGGCAAGGCGGACCCCGAGUGCGAGGCCAUAUCGCGCCGCUACGCGAGCCGCGGCCUGGACAUGGGCAUUGCGCCGGGCAACUUCGACUAGUCCCGUCUUCACUGGCCGUCCCGACGGUGCUCUCACAGCGACAUGACACGCUUUGGUAGUUUGUACGAGCUCAGCACCGCUUGUGAGACAGAUGUGGGUGCAUUGCAUUGCGCCUUCUCUUCCGAGUGGCAUGCGCGUUCAAGAGCAAGACGGGAGCGCAUCAAGCGGCCGGCUUUCGACAUCAUCAGUGCAGUCGCGGCGUCACGGAUCGCCCGUUGACGGCGCUUCUCAGCUCGCUAGAACGCCAGCACCCCGGCCGUGUCCUUCUCGU